AUGCAGUCACAGGAAAAAUUUGAGCCUAUCCCAAAAUCUAUUCUAAUUGCAAAGAAAAUCUGGGAUUAUAUAAAGUAUGAAAAUUGUCAAAAACGUCGCUGCAUAUAUAGUAACAAAUCCUUAACCGAUGAUGAACAGUCUGAUUAUCAACAAGCAUUAGACUCUUAUUCAUAUUCGUGUGGUGCUCUGAUUUUCCCUGAAGACCAUUAUUUGAAAGAA